AUGCCUGUAUAUCAUAUGCCUCCAUCAUCUUUCUUCUGCCAGACGUAUGACACCCUGAUGUCCGUGUGCCAGUACAUGAUGUACAUCAACCCCUCAGUGAACCCUCUCGUCUACGCCCUCAUGCACCACAACUUCAAAAGGGCCUUCAGAGUGACCUUCACCUGCGUCUUCAAGAGAAAGCCGUCUUUUGUGCUGACGCCAGGUCACGGCACCCAGAAGUACGUGUGGUCAGCCCGGUCAGGCAUUAAUAGGAAUCGUAAACAAGGGAGAUCGCCGCCCUUCCAACGCGUCCGCCGCCAGGGCUUCAGGAAACCCGACGAGACAGAGAGCCGAGUGCCCCAUCCUUCAGGUCACCUCUCCCUUGAGCGUCGCGCACCUGAAGGUACUGCCAGUUCGAGGUCGGGAGAGCUACGAGAGGUCGAGGAGGAGAGAAGAAGGCCUGCUGAGGGCGACCGUGGCGGGGAUCUGACGCCGAGGAAGCCUUCGCCGAGAGGGAGGAACUGUGACCUCUUUUUGGGUCAGCUCGUCGCCCAGGUCAUCGAGGAGGAGAGCAGCAGCGACCUCGAUUCGGAGAGGACGAUGUGAGGCUACAUUCGCAGGUCGAUUGCGAUAUUCGUCUAUUGAACCAGUGUUUCCAUGACGCUGGGCAUUGAAAGAGAAAAAGCGAGGAUGAAAUGAGAUAAAAUGAUAAAAACAGGGACAAAAACAAAGUGACAAAGCCUUCGAGGAAAAUCCAACGGGGGAAAAAAGGCGCCAGGAAAAGAAGUCACAAAGAGAAAUGACAGUUCUGUAGGCAAACAGGAGCUGGGAGGCAGGGAGAGGAGAGGGAGCAUAAAUGGAAAAAGGUUUUAGGGAAGAAGGAGAAAUGCGAAGUGGUGAAGAAACCGUGAAAUAAGAGUGGAGAGGCGGUGAGUUAUCAAGAACAGCGUCGCCGUAAUAACAGUGAACACAGGAAAAAUUGCCGAUGGUAGAGAAAGCAUUAUUUGCGACUACAGUGUCUUUGUUAAAUAUUUGGUAUUAGACACUGGUUUAAUGCUAACUCGAUCCCUACGAUACACAUUUCACGAUAUUGUUAACUGCAUAUGUGUAAUAUAUACAGAAAAGAAAGCGAUUGUAAUUUUGAAUAUUUGAAAUUAGGAUGUAUCGCAAAGGGAAUUUUAUUUAAUAACGAUUCAUAAAUCAAUGUAUGUUGUAGAGAGAUCGAAGUCGUGUAAAUAUGUACAUAAAUAUGUGUGUUCCUGAUAUGCAAGUUGUAAAGAAACGUAUGUAUAUAUUUGUAAACACUGUAGUUAUUAUCUGAUGCACAGUAAUAAAUGUCACCUGUCAUAACAGUUAACUAUC